CCUCCUUCUGUAAACAUACAACGGUUUGUUUGAAACUUGAAGUAAACGGUUUGUGGUGUCGGCGUAUCGUAGGGGAGGUGUUUCAAGAAAAACGAGUUUUUGUUAAUCCACAAACAGAUUGUUUUUAUUGUCUUGUCUUGUGUUCGUUGUUAAUAAAUGUUUUACGCGAUUUCUUAAACUAAAAUAUCAUGGAUUCUUCAUUCACAGAACAUGUAUUGGAGAGGGCUAGAGCAAGGCAAAAGAAACUGUUUCCAUUGAGAGAAACAAAACUGGGUGAUGAGAAUGUAUCUGAACAAACGAGGGGCUCCCCUAGUAAACCCAAAAUGAUGAAGCAAAAUUCCAAGACAAAAAUAUCUUCAGAUGUGACAAACAAUGAUCAGACAUUAAAUAUCGUAAAGGAUUCGUUAAAUCUUGAAAUUAAAGUUAGCUCAACAGAUAAUGUGAGGGUGGAGGUGGAAAUUGAUUCAGACUCUGAUAACAUUGAGAAUGUUGCUACCCCAAUAAUAAGAGAGCAGGCGAAGAGCAGAUUGCAACGACUUGGUAAAUUGUAUUCAGGUGAAGAAGAUUUGUCAUCUCCUAUUCAUCAGAAUGAAGCCAAGUUUCAUGUAGAUUCUGAAAGUGGUACAUCCAAUGUCGUCAGAUCCAAGAAAGGUUUGGGUAGACUUGCAGAACUUGCAAAUGAUAUUAAUCAAUGGGAAGAUGAUAUGUCUAAAAAGGAUAUAAGUGAGAAGAAGCCAACACCUAAAAAGUGGAAACCUCCAGCACCUCAACCACCUGUAAGCAAUGUAUCAUCCAGGAACAAUAGUCCUGCUAAAGUGACCACAAGAUCUAAACAACCAGCGCCACAGCCUCCAAAUACAUCAAAAUCAACAAAUAUGGAAUGUGAGGCUUCUAAACCAGAGAUUAAGUCUGGUAUUAAAAAGUUACAAUGGGAUCCAACCGUUAUAGAAAGUUUGGAAUCGCAGGGUUUUACUCGUACAACAUCAAAUACGCGGUUAGUCUAUAAUUUUAAAAAUUCGCAGGAUAAAGACUCUACUACUGACAAAUCGAAGGAAACUGCUCGAAUCGAUACUAUCGCCGAAGAUAACGAACCUGCCGUUUCGGAAAAACCCAAAGUCGGUAAAAAAGAGUUUGUUCCUCUUAGUUUGCAGAAGGAGGAACAAAAACUUACUCCGAGGGUUAUAGGGACCAGCAAAGUUGCAAGCAGGGCGGCGAUGUUCGAACAGAAAGUGUCGUCUGUUCCUGCGAAUGUGAAAGAAAAGGACCCAGCCUUGUUGUCGGUAUCUGAACGUAUGAAACUCUUCGAAAAGAAACGUGGAGAGGCAUUAAUACCAAAAGCUCCAUUUGGUAUGAAUAUUGUGAAUAAAGGUAACACUGUUGACGAUAAGAAUAUCGACAAGAAAGUGAUCGAAACUAAGACUUGUAUGAAACAAGUUGUUGAAAAAGAUGAGCCAGUUUCAAAAUCGAUUGCUGAAAAGAUUGCUCAGCUUACGAAUAAAAAUGUGAAUACCAUUUCGCAACAGCAAAUUGAAAAUAAGGUGAAAGAGGAACGAGAAAAUGAAAUGGCGGUACUACUAAAUAGGUUCCAUGAAAAUAAAAAGGUAAAUAACGAAGAAAUCGAGGUGGAUUCAGAAGAAGAUGAGGAGGAAUACAAUGAAACAACAGCGAUGAUUGCAUCAAAGUCACCGAAAAUAAUUUCAGUGGAAAACGUGAGCAGGAGAAGCGGAGAAAAAAGAAGCCAAGGUGAUAGUCCGCGCGUGCAAGCCGUGUUGGGUGACGUGAAGAGAAUUAAGGUGACCCAACCGAAGGACGGAAAGUUGUAUCCCUGUCUAUCUGACAUUGAGAAUGCAACUGAAACGGAACCCGAACCUACGAUAUCACCAUCACCAAAAAACAGCUUUGUCGAGGAUAGUUUUUCGUUCUCUGAAGGCGAAGUGGGCACAAGUUUCGAACGAGAGAUUAUGCACUCUGUUUGCAAGAAAACUCCAGAGCGCAGAGUAAGUAACUUUACUGAUACUGAUUCUGACGUCUCGAAUAUCUUGGACGACAUGGACGAUUAUCUGAACGAAGUCGAUGCAGACACUGAUAGUAUUGGGCCAACACCUCCAAAGAAUAUAAAAAUUUCGUCGCCCAAAAAGAUCCACAGCGAACCGUCACAAUCAUUCAAGUAUAAAAAUUUCUCUCCAAGAAAAUCACCGAAUCGUUUCCAAUCUCCUUGCAAGAUUAUAACGUCACCACCGUCAAGAAGAACAUCAGGAGAUUUACCUACUCAUGUGGUAGAUGGAGAGGAUGUUCUACCAUUGAGGUAUACAGUCAGUUUUUACAGGAAGCAACAGACACAGAAGUCUACGACACCUGUGCGACAUAUAACCAGAGAAAUCGUCGAGGAAGAUGAGAUUCCUGAAGGUCCAAACGAGGAAGUCGCUGAUAAAAUUAAAGAAUUAACAGAAGAAAUGAACAAACAACAAAUGGUCAUAUCGCAAACGAGUUGUGCUCUCAAUCUUUGCAACGCAACGCCAGAAUUUACAGGAUCCACUGAGCAGGUGGAAGCUGAAAAACUCCUGUUGUUAGCAACUCACCGAAGGCAAGUUGCGUCCAUGGAGAUACAGAGAUUGCAAGUGGAAGAUUCUUUGAGGCCUUUGGCCUCUCACGCCGAACAUGUGCCAUUGGAGAGAGGAGUUCUCAUAAUAAAAAAUAUUUCAAUUCCGCUGAAGAAGGAAUACGUGAGGGCUUUAUCAGCAGCUGGCGGCAAAGGACACCACGUUGUGUGUUUGGUCAAAUGCGGCGAGCAGGUCGCUGCUACAAAAAUUGUAUCUACAGUCGCCAGUUCUCCGAAGAACUUGGAUCUCGAAUUGAACGUUCCCGAUGUGAUCAAAUUUGAUAAUAUCUACAGCGAUUUCACAGUUUGUUUUGAGAUAUAUUGCCUUCAGGCUCAAGAGGAAGUUUUACCGCACGAAGUUAAAUAUCACAUUAAUAAGAAAGGAAGUAACAAGAUGACGCCUAAGAAAAUGAAGGAUUCGAGAUUGGUUCGACCGCCGAAAGAGUCACCGGCCGGUCCUCAAGCUAUCCGAACAUCAACUUUCGCGUUAAACGGUUACGUCGUUUUCUCUAUAAAUGCGAUUAACAAACUCUCGUGGACUCUAAAUAAGAUACCAUCCAUCAGUCCUUUAGAAGGUACUGUAAUCAUGAAGGUGUCUUGUAAGAUGGAUGUGUCUGUCGAACAUCGCGGCUUCUUGAAUAUGUUCGAGGAUAUUUCAGGAUUGGGCGCUUGGCAUAGAAGGUGGUGUUUAUUGAAAGGCGAAACAAUAAGUUAUUGGAAAUACCCAGAAGACGAGCGCAAGAAGGCUCCUAUUGAUUCAAUUGAUUUGAAAUCUUGCACUACGACUAAUGUGGGUCAGGUGAGCAGAGAAAUUUGUGCUCGAUUGAAUACAUUCCUUUUGGAAAGAGAACGGCCUGCAAUGAACGGUGACAGAGAAACACUCACAAUGACACCGGAAGGUGACAGAACGAUAAUUAAGCAUUUACUAUCAGCUGACACAAAGGAUGAGCGGCUCGAGUGGUGCCGUAACUUGAAUAAAGCGUUAUCCGCCAUAAGGAUUUGGGGAUACAAGAAAGUUUAAUUAUGUUAACAAAGUACUUAUCUUGCAUAACACAUAUGAUAUAUAACUACGCGAAGUAAUGUUGGGAAUUUCUCAAAAAAACAGAUUUUAUUUUAUGAGUUUCCAUUUUAAAGUGAUUUUUAUAACAAGAAAUAUAAAUUAUGUAUUAUAUAAUUAUUAAC